CCCACCAAGAGCGAACCACAUUAUAACAACCACGAGGAGGUUACCCCAUGUGACUCUACCCUCCCUAGCAACCGGGCCAAUUUGGUUGCUUAGGAGACCUGGCUGGAGUCACUCAGCACGCUCUGGGAUUCGAACUCGCAACUCCAGUGUCUUGUAGCAGCACUAUGGCAUUUAACUUUGGACAAACAGGCACUGGAGGCUUCUCCUUUGGUACCCCCAAAACUACAGCUGCAGCCACCACAGGCUUCGGCCUGCAGACCAGCACUCCUGCAGUAGGGGGCUUCUCCUUUGGAACGAGCCAGCCUCAGACUCAGCCUCCGACCCAGACUUUUGGAAACCACCCAUCCCAGAUCGCAGGACUUCUCGCGCAGCCAACGCAGAACAAUGGCAGCACGCAAGGUGGCUUCAGCUUUGGUGCUCAGACCCAGAACAACGCAUCUGGUGGAGGCUUCUCUUUUGGUGCCUCCCUACCAAAGCUUAGCACACCUGCAGCAUCUCAACCUGCGGCCACAGGUGUGACUCUGGGGGCUCCAUCUGCUGGGACGGGCUUCACUCUUGGAGGUCUCUCCACUCAGACUACAGCAGCCCAGCAGCCUAUGGGAGGAUUCAGCUUUGGGACGCCCAAAAUUCAGGCAACCUCAGCUGCCCCUGCACAGCCCACCCCUGCCCUCUCACUGGGGGCGCAGUCCACGGGUUUGACUCUAGGAGCCUCUGCUCCUGCCUCCACAGCCUCAACAACUGUUAUUAACUUUGGAAUUAAAGCUUCAGCUACUCCAGCACCUGCCAGCUCUGCACCCUCCAGUCAGUCCAUGUCAUCAGCUCCAGUUUCAUCGCUGUUUGCUCUUCCGAUAGCAUCAACAACAGCCACCGGAUUCACAUUGGGCUCCUCAAUAGCCUCAGUGACCCCUGCAAUGACCUCAGCCUCCAUCGCUCCCACAAGUCUGACGCUCAAACCUCUAGGAACUGCUCCUGCUACAACCACAGCUGCUGCUAGUACAGGAGCCACCACAGGCUUUUCUCUGGGACUGAAGACCGCUGCAUCUAUUGCACCAGCCACAACUAUUGGCACCGCUACUGCUGCUGUCACAACGAGCACGGCUCCAGUGAUGUCAUAUGCCCAGCUUGAGGCUUUGAUCAAUAAGUGGAGCUCUGAAUUGGAAGACCAUGAACGACACUUUCUGCAGCAGGCCACUCAGGUCAACGCCUGGGACCGUAUGUUGGUGGAGAAUGGAGAGAAGAUUACGACUUUACAUAAAGAUAUGGAAAAGGUGAAACUGGAUCAACGAAGGCUGGAUCAAGAGCUGGACUUCAUCCUCUCCCAACAGAAAGAGCUGGAAGAUCUGCUCGGCCCAUUAGAGGAGUCUGUCAAAGAGCAGAGCGGAACCAUUUACAUGCAGAACGCAGAUGAAGAACGAGAGAGAACGUACAAACUGGCAGAAAAUGUAGAUGCCCAACUCAAGAGAAUGUCCCAAGAUCUGAAAGAGAUUAUUGAACACCUGAACACAUCCAGUGGACCUGCUGACAUCGCUGACCCGCUUCAGCAAAUCUGCAAAAUCCUCAAUGCACACAUGGACUCCCUCCAAUGGGUGGAACAAAACUCAGUUUUACUCCAGAGGCGAGUGGAAGAGGUUUCAAAGUUGUGUGGAAACCGCAGCAAGGAACAAGAGAAGAGCUUCCGUUUAAAUUUCCAGUGAUAAUGCAUAAUAAAUGCUUCAUCAGUUGUAAAAUGAAUGUCAUUAUUUCUGCUAUUUGCUUCAAAUAAAAUACGUACUUUUA